GAUAGAAGUUAUAUACACUAACGACCAGCAGACUCCUCCUUACGCCAUCCUGGGAAUAUAAGGAUUUAUCUCAUGACGAGACGGAUGUAAUUACUUUUGCAAGAUACACAUUGCUAGAGAGAGUCGAUAUGUAUGUACUUGUCUCGAUUUCUUAUCCAAACAGUGAUUAGUUCUGUGAAUAAACCUUAAGGAAAGCAUAAUUUGAGUGGAUUGUGUAGUUUCAGCAUUAAGAUCUUAUUUCUUUGACGAUUGAAAUGUGAACGUCUGCAUUGUGGUCACGACUUGCAUGUACUUACAGCUUUGUCACUGAAGAGGAUUGUAUGAAUAGAUGGGUUUAUAACCCUUUGGAUUCUGGUGAGUGUGAACUGUGAAUUUCUUCUAUGGAUUAUUUGUGGAUUUUAUGUGUGUCCUAACUGUGUGGAACAAUAUCAUUUCUUCUGCUGACUAUUUUAACAAACUGCACCAUAAAUUGAGGUUUACCACUUGUCCAAAACUGCGGACUGUUUGCAGGCGAGGAAUCUUUCUUGAACGGAUUGUUAUCCAUUAUUGGUGAAGUAGCGAGUUCACCUCAAGACAUCAAUUCAAACUGAAUUAUAAAACUACCUGACAAACAAAUGAGAAUUGAAUUUUAUGUGAUGUAAUGUAAACAGUAUUGUUAAUUGGAGAAACAAAAGCUAACAACAGCGUACAAUAGAUUGAAGGAAGUACAGUGUCGUCGGUGUGCAGUUUGUCACGCUAGGUGAUUGCUCUACAGCGCACGCUUUCCCACGCUCUCUGGUCCCAUCUACUUGCCAGCGAGGUGACUGCUGGUGUUGAAAUCCCCGAAGACCAUCAUACCCGAUAGAUCUCACACAAGAGGUGAACAUCAACUGUCAUGCCAGUUUGGGGGUGUGUGGUUGGCUGCUGAGACACUACAAGAAUCAACUGAUGCUGCUAUGUAGGCCCACACUGCCACCAUGUAUCCCACAGUUUACUCCUGGUCAUCAAGUCCCUUGGGUCAGGACCCCUCCGACUAAUCUCGAAUAUAGUGGAUACACUGCCGGAAGCACCCCUCCGGGGCUGGGGACUGAUCGAUAACCUAAUCAAUUGUGCUCCUGUCAAUCAACCAUAGUGGGCGGAGCCAGUCAGCGACAACGAGGCUACUAGGUUCUGGAGCAAUAAUCAGAAACACAGAAGUAGCAAGCGCGGUCAGUAAACAAGAACGAUGCGGGCACGGAAAGCGGCAAGCUUUGCCGUACUCUGGACUUUACAAUUGUUGUCAUUAGUGUCCCAGGUACUGUCCAGCGGUAAAUUUCAGUUGGAACUUGGACUGUUCCGCAAUGACCACGGACUUAACAAUGUUGGAAAUUGUUGCAAUGGAUAUAGAUCGGAAGGGAUGUGCACCUCCAGCUGUAGAACGUUCUUUAGGAUUUGCCUUACACAUUAUCAAGCCAAUAUUGAAUUGGAUCAUAAGUGUACAUUCGCAUCAAAGGAAACUCCUGUUCUUGGGGAUAAUACCAUUGAUUUCAAACGGACGGAUAUAGCAGAGAAGCUCAAGAACCCUAUCAGUUUUCACAUCGGGUAUUCAUGGCCGGGUUCAUUUUCCCUUAUCGUGGAGGCUUGGCAUGAUGCAACCCUCACUGGUCCUGCUACCGAUAGCCCACGCGAACUGAUAGACAGGUUAGCUAUACAGAGAUCCACUCCUGUCGGCGAAACAUGGCGGCGGUUUAACCGGACCACAAAUUACACCCAGCUCGGCUACGGCUACCGUUGGAUCUGCGACGACUACUACUACGGCUCUGGUUGUUCAACGAUGUGCCGUCCCAGGGAUGACAAAUUUGGUCACUUCACGUGCAAUGACAAGGGCGAGAAAGUUUGUCUCAACGGCUGGAAGGGGGACUACUGCGAUGAAGCUAUCUGCCUGCCGGAUUGUCACAAGGAUAACGGGUUCUGCGACCAGCCCAAUGAAUGCGAAUGCCGCAUGGGCUACCAGGGUACGUUUUGUGACCAGUGCAUCCCCUACCCGGGGUGCCAACACGGCUCCUGCAAGAAACCAUGGGAAUGCAACUGUGAGGAGGGCUGGGGCGGCCUCUUCUGCAACCAAGAUCUCAACUACUGCACACAUCACAAGCCGUGCAAGAAUGGCGGCACAUGUACCAAUACCGGACAGGGCAGCUACACCUGUGCUUGUCCCACAGGGUACACAGGCACCAACUGUGAGAUAGAAAUUGACGACUGCGAGCGCCAGCCAUGUAAGAACGGAGGCACAUGCAGGGACUUUGGCACUGGGUUCCUGUGCGAUUGUACUCAAGGCUUCUAUGGCAGACAGUGCGAGAACACAGCUAACUCCUGUGAGACCAAGCCAUGCAGUAAUGGUGGAACUUGUGUUGAAGACAAGGACUCCUACAAGUGCAUCUGCCCCCUCGGAUAUGAAGGCUUCAACUGCGAUAAUGAGAAAAAUGAGUGUGCAGGCAACCCAUGCAAAAAUGAAGGUCGGUGUAUUGACCAGCUAAAUGGAUUCCGCUGUGUUUGCAAUACUGGAUACAGUGGUCGGACGUGUGAAGAGAACGAGGACAACUGCGUCCAGAACCCUUGUCUCAACAACGGAACCUGUGUGGAUGGUUUCAAUGACUUCACUUGUCGCUGUGUGCCAGGCUUUGUUGGACCCUUAUGUCAGAGCAAUGUUGAUGACUGCAUCGUGCGCCCAUGUGCUAAUGGUGGUUCCUGCCAUGAUAGGAUCAAUGAUUUUUCAUGUACCUGUGCUAUUGGAUUUACUGGAAAAACAUGUGAGAUAAAUAUUGAUGAAUGUGAGUCGAGACCUUGCCAGAAUGGAGCAAGUUGUGAGGACCAUGUUGGCGACUACAUCUGUAAAUGUACGGAGGGAUUUUGGGGCAACAACUGCCAAUAUGUAGAAGGCGAGACCACACCAAGAGUCGAACAGACUACUCAGACAACUGCUCCUGCUGAAACUACACAGAUGGUUGUUGUGAAGGAGACUACAGAAGGCAACCAUACUGCAGUCGAGUCGGCUCAUCACACUGGUCAUCAGGAGGAUGGACUGACCACCACACAGCUCCUCAUCAUCAUCUGUGUCGGAUCUGGAGUCCCUCUCGUGCUCAUCAUUGUUCUGGUGACAGUGUGCUUGUGUCGCAAGCGUCAUCACAUGAUGCAUGAAAAUAUGGAGAUAGAACGGCAACAAAAUAUUGUCAACAACAUCAACAACUCAAGUGUCAAGUGUGUGGACUCUCACAUUUUUACAACAAUCCCUCAGAGCACUUCAAAUAGUUCAAGUAUUAAAAAUAGCAAUGAGGAACAAGACUUAAAUAGAAAAAAUUCAAAACAUCUUUUAGAAAAAUCCAAUAGCAGACAAUUUACGAAAGACUUAAAUACACAUGAUCAGUCACCAACAUACUUACCAAAAGACUUAGAUUAUGAUUAUGAAAAACCUACCAGGAGGUUGGACCUGGGAGCAUCUUCUCCGGUGGAUUCUAGUUCCAUUAGUGACUACAGUCCGCGGGACUUAGAAGAAAAUAUUGCAAAACCUUCCUAUUCAGAGACAAACAGAAACUCUAUUUUAGUGUUAGAGCCCCCCAAUCGCCAUUCACAUUGUGAGGAAGUGUUGGCCACGGAGGUCUAACAGUGUGAGACAGUGACUCCAGCAUACAUCAGUGCAUUGCUGUAAAAUACACACCGCAUGAUUUGUCAGUGUUAUUUAAGUGCCUUUGUUUUGUAUAGAGAUGCAAUAUGAACGUUGUACAGUUGAAGAAGCUGCCUGGAUGCUGUUGUUUAUACGAGAUUAUUUAUAAUGUGUUGUUUAACAGACGGCUUCGGAGCCUUGUACAAUAUUAUGCAAAGCUUUGUGGAACAAUGACGUGGACAAAGCCAAUGUGCUUGCAUUCUGCGAUUGAAUAUGAGGGCAUAUUUAUGAGAAAUUAUCUCAUUGGACUGGGAGUUUCAAUAUACAUCGGAAUAUAAUUCCAUAAAACCAGUGCAGUGAGGACAAUACCGAGACCAAUACCGACAGGUGGACAUCGACACCUUGUGGGCCACUGCCAUUUCCACUUCCCAUGGACAACGUUCCUUCCCACAAUGCAUUGCUUCAUGCCAACUGAUGAUUGGUUAAGACUUGUUGGGUGUGAGUCUGAUUGGUUGACACUGAUCAUGUGACUAUUCAUGAGGACAUUACUGCUUCACCAUCUUGGGAGGACUCAUCAUUUCCAUGGACUUGUACUGGACACUACCAAACAGUGGAUUUGUUCCGUGUGUCCUUCACAGCAGUUUCUUGUGUGCUAUUUCCAGUACUUGGUACAUUUUUGUGCAAUCUGUUCAAACCAAUAUAAAAAGUAUUUGCCUGUAACAUGGCCCAAUAAGGCAGAGUUGUCCCAGCUCACGGACCUAUCUAUCUGGCUCUAUGUGGUUUUCUAGUCUUGUUAAAUUGCGUUACACACAGAGAACUGUACAGAUUGUUGCAUCAUGAUGAUGACGAUGAUGAUAAUUAUAAUAGUUGCCAGGGUCGCUGUCCAAGUGUCGUUGGUACAAUUUACGAUUCUGUGACGCGAUGACAAAAUAAGCGUUCAGAAAUGUUUUCUGAUCUUUUUUUUUGAAUACCAUUAGUUGAUUGCUUGUCAUAAUACCCACACUAUAAAUACCACUGUAGAUUGUUAAGUAUGGCACUUUGACAGCAACCCGCUUGUGUAAAAACUACUGUAUAGAAUUCUCAUGGAAACUGAUGUGUUGAUUGUAAUAAUUGACCAAGUUGAUUAAGUUAUUGACAAAUUACCGGUGAGGUCUGCUCACCCACGGUAGUCAGUUGUUGCUGUUCUCCAAUCAGUUAUGACUGUGAAAUUAACUAUAGUUUGUCUCAAAGUUUGGAUUAGUAUAACAGUUGUGGAAAAUGCAUGUGAACUGCUUUUGCUUUAAGAAGACAACUUCAAUAUGUUCAGUGAGUUUCUCACUGAGUGUACUGAAAGCUUAAAAUAAUUCAUGUAAUAAGAUAUUUAUAUAUAAGAUAAUAUGAAAUGAUUAGAAUCUAUUUUUGAAAUAUCUGAAAUGUUGUGAUGCUUACAAAUUUUGAUACAAGCUAUAGAAAAUAGAAACUAUUUAAUUUUAUUGGAUGGAAAUCAAAGCAUACCCCACACAGUUUUACAGUAGGCUGAACAAAUACACUGUAACAAAGAUAGGGGAGGUAGGGGUGUACAGGUGCCCCCAACCUUUAAUACCAAGAUGCAGUUAUUUAUUCUUCCCAUCAUUCCAUUGACUCAUCUGGUGGCAAAUCCCUGGUAUGCUCAUGGCAUGUUUCGAUUUUCGAUGUCAAAACUUCCCAGUUGUAAAAUCUGUUAACCAAGGAAGAAAAAAGUAUGUUAUUUUGGUGUGUGUUUGUUAUUAAUGGUUUUGUUAUGACUUUCUGAAAAAAACAACAUCCAACUUGUUAUGCCUUCAAAAAGAAUUACAAUGGAAGUUUUGAUCUCCCCAUGAGCAUCACCACUGUGAGCUUUAACAAUGUCAGUUUUCAUGCAAAAAAAGGGCGUCUUGUGACAUGUCUCUAGUAUGCCAUGUGACCACGAGUCAUGUGACCAUCUUUCACUCACUCAUCUAUCACUGUUCGUUUUCGCCAUGCAUCAUCUACACAUUGUGUCUGCACAGCUUUCCUGUAUGCCUGUGAUGUCUGUAUGUACAUAAUAUGUAUAUUUAUAGCAAAAAUGAAAUUGUAUAUAUGACUGUUAUUACUUCUAUACUAUUAAUACUAUUGGUAUUUCUCGAUAUCAUUAAAUAAAGAGGUCACAAUCACUUAUUUUUUCAAAUUUGAA